CGAUGGAGUCGAUCAGCGUCGUUGACACCGCAUAGUAACUAUUUGUAUAAUCGUGCUAAAAUGGGGAAUUCACACUCGCCAAAGAAAAUUGUUUGUGAAUUUUCUUAACAUCACAGGUUUCAUCCAUUAUAGUGAAUCAGCCAUGGAAAAUGUCAAGAUCGGUGACGGAAGUGAUGCCAAAUCUACGUUGGUGUUGCCUCAUGAACUUUCUGAGAAAAUAUUGGAGUUUCUUUCCCCUUCUGAUUUAAGCCGAUUCUCUAUGUGCUGUAUAGAGUAUCGAGAACUUGCCAAUUCUAACCAUUUGUGGCUUCAUCACUGCAUGGUCAAAGGAUGGCUCAAGUAUGGUGUCAGUUCAAAUAUCCUGCAGGAGGUUCCCCUCUUCAGUAGAGGGACAAAUAUUUUAGGGAAUUCUCCGCUAUUUACUUUAUUUGUUCCAGAAAAAACACGUCUUUCGCCCAUUUGCCAAUGGAAACAUAUAUUUCUGCGAAUGACUCACUUAAACAAGAAUUGGGCUCGUGGACGAUACAAUGUGUUGCCGAUUCUUCGAGGUCAUAACGACAAAGUAACGUGUAUGGAUUGUCAAGACUAUACUAUCGUGAGUGGCAGCCAGGAUAAGCAGAUCAAGGUGUGGGACGUGCAGUCCUGUUGCUGUGUGCGCACCAUCCGAGGUCACACCGACACUGUCACUGCCGUCAAGCUCAAGGGUCGCAGUAUCAUCACGGGGUGUGCAGACAGCGCUGUGCGGGUGUUUGACAUGGACACAGGCAAGAUCAUUCAGUCCUUUCAGGGCCACGGCGGCAGUGUGGACCACAUCGUCGUCCUCGACAACUUGAUCGUCACAGCGGCAACAGACAGAUCCCUGCGCGUGUGGUCGUUGACAGCGGGCGUGCUUGUACAUACUUUGCGGGAACAUGACGACGAUAUAGAGUGUCUGGUUGCGUUCGGACGCCAUGUGAUGUCCGGCUCGUGGGACAACACCUUGGUGCUGUGGAGCGUGGAUGAAGGCAAGAUGCUGUUGAAACUGCGAGGACAUACAGAAGCCGUGGUGGCCGUGCAGUUCGACGAGAAGAAGGCGGUCAGUGGCAGCGCGGACGGCGACGUGCGGGUGUGGAGCCUGAUGACGGGGGAGUGCACGCACGUGCUGAGCAGUGGUCAGGCUGACAUGGAAGUGUAUUGUGUGGUGUACAACAAGGUGGUCAUCGCAUCAGGUUCCUCAGACAGUGUUGUGAGGAUAUGGAGCCACGACG